GGUUUCCUCUGAAAACAUCCAGAAUCUCACGAAUCAUAUCGAGCACGAAGAACCCUAAUUUCCAAAUUUGGGGGUUAUUCUUCUAACGUGAAUCUAAAGUCACAUAAGUGUUUUUCCAAGCCUCCUAAGACAGAAAGAUGGCUCGAAAGAGAGAUGCAGGAAAACAAAAAGCGGUGGAGCCUGCCGCACCGGCUAGAGAGAGGAAAAGGAGAGGCACUGGAAUCGAAAUUAGGGACGCCAAAAUGGAGGAAGUGCAAACAGCGGUCAUAGAACCGCAAUACGGUCUUGCGCAUGUUCCGUAUACGAUUCAAUGGAAGGAAGGAUCGCUUAGCAAGAUGGCCGCCGCCUAUCAACCGGAGUUAUAUUAUGAAAAAAUGGGCGCGGAAUCGACGAUUAAGGCUAAUUUGGCUCUCGAGAAAGUGGUGUACAAGCCUGAUUUCAAAGCUUUGGGUUUCCACAAGAUGUUAGAAGAUCUUGGGUGGGGGGCUGUGAUGGAAUUUCAAGGUAACAAAAACGGGGAUAUUUAUUUGAAAAGUGUUUUAGAAUGGAUGAGCACACUGACAAAGGAUGACCGGCCGACCCCGCCGAAGACCACUACAUUGACCGGCAUGGUGAACGGGAAGCCGGCUACAAUGUCAUUUGCAACCCUGAAACAGUUGGCCCCAUUUGAUUCAAAGGCAGAUAAGUUUUAUAACUAUGUCAAGGAAAAUGAUCUGUUCUUGCAUCAGAAAAAUCUGGCCGAUGAGAGUGUAAUGCACCGAGAAUUGUUUAUGCUAGAGAAGGGAGAAGUCACAAUGAAGCGAGACCAUCUUAAGCCGUUGGUACGGUUGUUGUUUAGUUUUGUGACAGCGAAUGUGAGCCCGAGGGUAGGUGAUAAAUCGAUGCUGAGGUUAUGGGAAAUACCAAUUUUAUAUGCUAUCCUGACUGGAGAAAUCAAGUUCUCCUUUCGACAUCUGGUAUUGCUGAAAUGUAUGGAGAUGCCGAAAUCAAAAAGGAAAGAAACUGACACCUCAUGUGCGCUUGAUCAGUGCGUUGUUAGAAAAACAACAAGGUUUGCUUCCAAAAGAGAAACCGUACGAUAG